AUAUUAAGGUUAGGGUUAGGGUUAGGCAUGUAGUGGUUAUGGUUAAGAUAAGGGGUCAGGUGUGAAUUGAGGUUAGCUUAAGGUUAGGGUUAGGGUUUGGGUUAGGCUGUCCACAAUGAAUGGAAGUCAAUGCAAUGUCCUAACAAGGAUAGCUGCGCAAACUUGAGUGUGCAAACUUGUGUGCAUCCUUGUGCCAAUUCCGCUGCAGUUAAGAAAACCACUACAUAUGACGAAGAGUAACGAAGAGUGUUUGUUUUUUGUUUUUUUACCUGGCUUGGAGUCAUGUGGCGAGACAUGGAGGGCAAAUGAGGCAGGGACUCACUGUGGUGACGCACCCUCUUGAGCGUUCACGUGCACGCACGCACUGUGGCACAUACAUAAAAGAGAACAAACAGCUGAACUCUUCCGGGGGCAGACGGCAAGAAUGACAAGAAAGCGGGAUGCUGCGCUCCAUCCAAGCGGAGCCGGUGCCGCGUUUUUACGCGUGGCUGCAGGACCGGGCCCAUCCACAAAGACCCCGAGCUUUCCCGAGUUCAUCCUGAUUAUAUCAGUGAUGCUGCUCGUCCCGGUUCAGCUAGUAUCAGCUCAUCCUCAGUGCCUGGACUUCGAGCCACCUUUUAAACCUCUGUGGCACCUGGAGUUUUGCACGCAGUAUGAGCAGUUUGGCUGUUGCGACCAGAAAACGGACAAUCAGAUUGCAGAGAGAUACUGGGACAUUAUGGACCAUUUGGAAGCGGCGGGUUAUGAGCUUUGUGAAGACAUGUUGAAGGAAGUCAUGUGCCAGGAGUGCUCUCCGUAUGCCGCCCACCUCUUUGAUGCUGAGGAUCCGUACACACCUGUCAGAGAGAUACCUGGCCUUUGCUCUGGCUUCUGCUCCGAGUUUCAUGGCAAAUGUCGCCAUGUGGUUAAAUAUUUAACUGAGAACCAGCUGCUGCAGGACACCUGUGAGCGGGACAUGUAUACAUUCUGCAGCAUGAUCGACCUGUCCGACCAGGACUACUGCUACCCCAAUGUUCUGAAGAGCACUGACCUCUCCAGCAACCUGGGGCGGGUGGUGGAGGACCCCAAAGGGUGUCUCCAGCUGUGCCUGACUGAAGUGGCCAACCAUCUCAGGAACCCUGUGUUGAUGCUGCACAGCAGCGAUGACACACACAGGAUGUUCAUCGCAGAGCAGAUGGGCUUUGUGUGGGUUUACCUGCCUGAUGGCAGCCGGCUGGAGCAGCCCUUCCUGGACAUGACCGGGGAGGUGCUCAACACACCUUGGCUGGGGGAUGAGAGGGGCUUCCUGGGCAUGGCCUUCCACCCAAAGUACCAGGACAAUGGACGCUUCUUCAUCUACUACUCCAUCCAGAUCUAUAGUGAGCCAGAGAAGGUCAGAGUCAGUGAGAUGAAGGUGUCUGCCCACGACAUGAACAUGGCUGAUCCUUACUCAGAGAGGGUCAUUUUAGAGAUUGAGGAGCCUGCUGCGAACCACAACGGAGGCCAGGUGCUGUUUGGUCUGGAUGGAUAUUUGUACAUCUUCACUGGAGAUGGAGGGAAAGCAGGGGAUCCGUUUGGGAAGUACGGCAAUGCACAAAACAAGAGUGCUCUCUUGGGGAAAGUCCUCCGCAUCGAUGUGGAUGGAAGUGACUCUAGUGGGAGGCAGUACAGGAUCCCCCCUGAUAAUCCAUUCAUUGGGGACCCAGACGCCCGACCAGAAGUGUUUGCGUACGGCGUCAGAAACAUGUGGCGAUGCUCUGUGGAUCGCGGAGACCCGGUCAGUCGCUACGGCAGAGGCCGGAUAUUCUGUGGAGAUGUUGGUCAAAACCGCUACGAGGAGAUUGACAUCAUUGUGAAGGGAGGAAACUACGGAUGGAGAGCCAAAGAGGGAUUUGAGUGCUAUGAUUUGAAACUGUGCCACAACUCAUCCUUGAAUGACAUCCUCCCUAUAUUUGCAUACAGCCACCAUGUUGGGAAGUCUGUAACAGGGGGAUAUGUGUACAGAGGAUGUGAAUCACCCAAUCUGAACGGCCUGUACAUUUUUGGCGACUUUAUGAGUGGGCGAAUUAUGGCUUUAGAGGAGGAUAAGACAACAGGAAACUGGAAAGAGAGGAGUGUGUGUAUGGGAGAAACAAAGACGUGCUCUUUUCCCGGACUCAUCAAUCAUCACCACAAGUUUAUCAUCUCAUUCGCUGAAGACGAAGCAGGGGAACUGUACUUUCUGGCCACUACGUACCCGAGUGCUGGGUCACCUUUUGGAACAGUUUUCAAAUUCAUGGACCCAUCCAGGAGAGCUCCUCCGGGGAAAUGUAAGCAGAAGCCGCUACCGGUCAAAGUGAAGGGGAAGAAGGUUCCUUUUGUGCCAAAGGAAUUGACUGUGCUGGACACAAAAGAAAAACCUACGAGACCGCCGCCAAGAAAAUUCAAACUGACCACCAAACCACCUGUGACGAGCAGUGAGAUCAAACCGACGACUGCAGUCGGCGCGACGAUGAUGAGCACCGCUUUGACACUGAAAUGGAAAUCAGCUGAUAAGAAAGUGAGGAAGAAAAAGAAGUUAAGACCUCAGAAGAAAAAAAAAGUGCUGAAAAAGCAGGUGGCUGAUGGUCUAAUGAAGAACAAUACUUUAGGACAGAAAUCGAAGGAAGGAGAAGAAAGAAAAGGAAGAAAAAGAAAGAAGAUCACUGCGAUAAAACCUGUCAGGGACAAAGUAACACUAAACUGCAAUCACACGGACACAGCUGAUUUACAAUGUAACACUUUAGAAGCUCCAAACAACCUGAAAGACAACACAGUCACCACAAAGAAAAAGAUUCAUCGGAGGAAAGUGUCACUGAAACGGAUCAAACAUGAGAAGAACAGCGUAAAGUCGAAAAAACCUGCGAAUGAAAAUCAUACUUUCAUGAAUAAAACCGAGACAAACUUGAAGAAAAGAAGCAGCACAACGAGAAACCAAACUCAGGUAACAAGCAACCCAGGAGGCACUACCGAAGCACUUUGAAACAUUAUUUUUUAUUAUGACUGAGUCAUUAUUCACAUUUAUUUUGUUUAUGUUUGUUUGUGAAAGAAUCACUGGUUAAGAGUCACCAGAAGCCGGUUAGCUUAACUUCACACAAAGACUGGAAAUAGCUUCAUAUCUACUGUAUAUAUGUAAGAAGCACACGGCUGUUGCAGGCAAUUAUACAUGUAAUGACACAGUUUCCUCUGCUUUUUAUUUUUCACUGUCAUAAAAUCAUCGGUCCAAGUUAAUCAUCGCUCUGUCUGUUCUUUAUAACAUAUCAAAUAGGUUUGAAGUGGAAAUGAUCAGCAAACAGAAACAAACUUCUAACUUACUGAAGCACGUUGUUGUAAAAUUGC